AUGAGAAGAUUUCAAGUAAGAAAGAAUUUGGAACACUUGUGAUUAGGUAGAGGCUUGUCAGUUCUUUGGAUUGCUUUAAGAACCAGUUGUAUGAGGAAGAACAGUGUAUAUAAAGAGGAGGAGAAGAUAGGAGGCAAGGGCUAUUAAGUGAGCCAUGCAAACUCCAAUUCAGCAGCAGCAGCAGCAGCAGCAGAGUUUAUGGAUCAGGGGUUCUACACACAGCCAGAGAGAUGGCACAUCAGAUGAAGAGAGGGAAGAUGAGGACGAGGCCUUUUCAUCCAGAACAACUCUCUCCACUUUCCGAGCUAAGGAAGAGCAGAUCGAGAGGAAGAAGAUGGAGAUCAAAGAGAGGGUAUUUGCGAAAUUGGGCAGAGUUGAGGAGGAGAGCAAAAGGCUGGCCGUGAUCAGAAAAGAACUCGAAGCAAUGCUUGAUCCAACAAGGAAGCAAGUGUCAGCUAUGCGCAAGAAGAUCGACAUGGUGAACCGUGAGCUGAAGCUUCUGAGCCAGAAUUGCCUCAAGAAGGAGAAAGAAUACAUGCAAGCUCGCGAAGCAUUCGGCGACAAGAACAGGGAGAAGGCGCAACUAGUCGACAAACUAAUGGAGUUGGUCAGCGAGAGUGAAAGACUGAGGAUGAAGAAGCUGGAGGAGUUGAGCAAGACAAUCGACUCUAUUCGAUAAAUCUAUGACAAUUGUAUCGUUAAUGGAUUGGAAGUGAGUUUCUUUUUUCAAUUGAUUGGAUUGUGUGGUUUCAUGGG